UUGCCACCCCUCAUUAAUCACAACGAAGAAGAAAAAGAUAACGAUUUCCCCCGAAGAAGAAGUAGAAGAAGAAGGCGAAGUGUCUCCCAGUUGUAGCUAUCUGUUUGAACAAGUCUUUGUGUAUAUGCAGCCUUAUAUUCGCCAUUGGCACAAGCGAUGGACUCUUCGCACAGACACCGGUCACUUUAUAAGGGAACGACUCCGCCAUGGAAAGAGACAUACCGCAAGCGCUGUGUUGACAGACUGAAAAACAGCCGGUCGAGGCUGCUGGAGAGAUACCGUCAGAUGGGAGACGGCGAGCAGCGCAGCGGCUGUGGGGCCUCCACCAUCGUCCAGGAGGUGAUGGAAGAGGAGUGGAACGCCCUGCAGUCAGAGGACCGGAGACUGCCCCCUCUGUGGGGGCCAGAGUUCACGGCAGAGAUGGUCGGCGUUACAAAGGAAUAUGAUGAGCUGGCAGUUCUUGAAGAAAUCCAGCAGGAACUCAUGUCUCAAGAAAUGUCUAUUAUUGAAGAGUAUGAGAGGAACUUGCAGUUUGAACAGCAGUAUAUAUUGGCUGCGGUGAAAGGGAUGGAGGAGAUGCAUGUUAUUUGCCCCUUAUGUCACACGAGCAACUUGGACAUCAACAGCUAUUUCAUCUCCUGCUCCUGUGGACUGUACAUCAACACUAAGAAAAAGAACAUUACCCCUGAUGUCCUGCGCCAUCUUCUGGAGUCCAGGGUGUCAGAGCACAUGGAGCACUGUCUUCACAAUCCCGUUUUCUCUGUAGCCCCAAACACAGACAGCUCUCCCAACCUGAUGAUAAGCUGCAAGGCUUGUGACUACCUGUCCAUCGUGCUGUGAAAGCAGGCCUGGCUGUCAUGAGUGACUUAGCUCAUGAGAUUUGAUUUAGAGUUUUUUGCACUCUUUGUAUAUUUUGUGAAAUAAAGGAUAAUUUAACAUUUAAAA